AGCCAAAGGAGGCAGAGCCAGAACUCCCACCCAGAUCCAGAGAAGACAGAAAAAUGGCCACCUGGGAUGAAAAGAUAAAGACACUUGCACAAAGUCACACAGGUAGGAAGCGGCUGAAGUAGGAUUUCACCCUGGCCCGUCUCCAAAGCGAAUCCUUCACUUCCUGUGUCCUGAGACCGUCCCAAGCAGAGCUAUUAACUCUGUCCUUGCUAUCUGGAUGCAGGCCACCUCCCGCAGGGCCAAAGUGGCUCCAGCCGAGAGGAUGAGCAAGUUCUUGAAGCACUUCACCGUCGUUGGGGACGAUUACCAUGCCUGGAACGUCAACUACAAGAAAUGGGAGAAUGAGGAGGACGAGGAGGAGGAGGAGGAGCAGCCGCCGCCAGCACCUGCCUCGGGCGAGGAGGGCAGAGCUGCCGACCCGACUGCGGCCCCGGCCCCUGCGCCCAGGCCCCCCCUAGACUUCAGGACCACAUUGAGGAAGCUGUUCAGCUCGCACAGGUUUCAGGUUAUCAUCAUUUGCCUGGUCAUUCUGGACGCCCUCCUGGUGCUCGCUGAGCUCAUCCUGGACCUGAAGAUCAUCAAGGCUGACAGGAACGCCUUCAAGGUGUUCCACUGCAUGAGCAUUGCCAUCUUGACCUUCUUUAUGAUGGAGAUAUUUUUUAAAUUAUAUGUCUUCCGCUUGGAGUUCUUCCACCACAAGUUUGAAAUCCUGGACACCAUCGUGGUGGUGAUUUCCUUCAUCCUUGACAUUGUCCUCCUGUUCCAUGAGCACCAGUUUGAGGCCCUUGGCUUACUGAUUCUGCUCCGGCUGUGGCGGGUGGCCCGGAUCAUCAACGGAAUAAUUAUCUCCGUUAAGACCCGUUCAGAACGGCAACUACUGAGGUUAAAACAGAUGAAUAUACAGUUGGCCGCCAAGAUCCAACACCUUGAAUUCAGCUGCUCUGAGAAGGAACAAGAAAUUGAAAGACUUAACAAGCUCUUGAGACAGCACGGACUUCUGGGUGAGGUCAACUAGACGUGUGCCUGCUCUGCCCUGAAGGGAAGACCCUGCUUCCACGGGCUUGUGUCUCUGAGAGAAGAAAGCUGCCUCGCCUGGGCCAUUUGGGGAGAGGUUUGGCUCGAUGCCUGUGCCUCCCUUCAGCUCGGAUUCUUGGGGGGAGCGGGGAUAGCCGCGGGGAAAGGCUUACCCUUCCUUUCUUGGUGUGACCGAGAGCUUCCCGCCUUCACAUCACCAUGUAUCAUAAACUGUAUUUGCUCCUGUUGAACAGUUUAUUCUUGCUUGAAAAUGAACAAUGAAGCUGGACAACUACUAGUUGUGUAUAAAAUUUGAUCUCAUCAA